UUUGUAUCCAGGCAAGAAAUAAAAUUCUGUCACCACUCUCACCAGAAUUACUCAUAAAACUCAUAAACGUCUGAAAACGCCAUUGAAAAUUGAUUAUGAGAACGUAAAUAAUGGUGCUCAGCAAAUUUGUAAUAUUUUUCUGUAUUAUAACUUAUGAUUAUCAAGUAUUAUAGCUUUAUUAUUAAUCAGUCUAAGAACUUUUACCCGAAUGCGGAAAGUCAGCAUUUCAUGGAGGCCGAAUAGCUAUGUCAAUCUUCGGUGUAGUGACAGGAAUUAAAACUCGUGCCUGAUUAAAUUCGAUAAACACCUACCAGUGCCUCUAGAGUCACAAGAAUUGCAGAAAUAUCACGCGCCGGUUGUAGUAAGAGUCACUGGGCGCACUAAUGAGGACUUACGAUACCCUGAAGUGUUUUUUAGUUUGGAGUUCUCUUUUGAACUUGCUGCAUCGUGUGAAGCAUGUUAAGACAACGAGGCGCUGAUGGCGUGGCCAGUUCGUCUGCUGCCUGCAUAGAUGAUCGACCUCGGAAGAAGCUUUCCUUCAGAGACCCCGAAGUUGAAGGACGCACCUUCAAUGGCAUGCCCCUGUCAGCCCCUCCCGAUGGCUCCUCCAACAAGGGACGUUACAUCCUCAACAGACCGCACUCCAUCGCAGGCGUGCUCGGUCUCACCGGAUUCUCAAGCUCUGCAGGCGCCGAGCUUAAACACCCCGCAUCAUCGCCGGUGUCCCCACACAGUUAUGUACCAUCGUCUCCUCUACCUCAGUUGAAGAAGUUUAUUGUUAAUAAAAUAGAUAAAGGACGUAGGUUUGAAAAAGAAGAUGCUAUUCAAGAAAAUGAUAGUUCUCUGUCGGCAGGGAAGUUAAUCAAUGACCAUUACUCAAAACACAGAAAAUCAGGAGCCAAUGCUGAACAUAUUUCGAACACCUUACCCAAAUCAAAUAGAACAGAGUCAGGCUCUACGAAUGGGUCGUCGCGCUCCUCUGAUCCAUCCCGCGUUGACACGAAGCUGUCGUCACGCUUUUCAUCGCUGCCCCGUAAUGACCGGGGGCUCGACUCUAAAUUCCGCAGCCAAAUGUCCCCGCAAUCUUCGAGAAGAAAUAAACAAUCGCACUCUGAACUACUGCAGCCCCAGCGUCUGGACACCCUGAGACGGCACGACGUCACCGAACGCCGGCCCGUCUUGCAGGAGACGGCUAUUCUCAAAUGUGAUGACGAAGGUCCCUCCGCCCCUAGAAACAAGUCCCCGUCCCCUGAAGUGUCCCACAAGAAGCGCAGCUCCUCUGCCCUGCCCAUUGACAGGAUCAAGUCUGUAGAAGUUGCUGAUAACGAGUCAACGUCUGUGAGCUUAGAAAACCUGUCACUAGAUAGUCAGGCUAUGCGCAUCGUGCGCACCAUCGGCCAGGCGUUCGAGGUGUGCCACAAGUACAGCGCAGUCAAGGCCCCCUGCCCGCCCUCGCCCUCCUCCUCGCACUCCAACGACGACUCCGACGACUCGGCGCACAAGAGGAAAAACGACAUGCAAGACCAGGAGAGCGGGCAAGUCACACUCACCCCUGACGACCCACGUGACAGCCUCGCCUCCGGCAAGCCUGGUGACUCUGACCUCCUCACGUCCUCGCCCUCUCAGCUUAAACCACAAACGAGCUCUGGCAAUACUGGCACACCAGCAGGGGACCCCCUGAGGGGCGGCGCCCCCCUGGCGCUGCACCACGAGCUGCAGCUGGUGAGGGCGCAGCUGGAGCAGCAGCAGCAGCAGACGCAGGCAGCUGUAGCACAAGUACAUCUGCUCAGAGACCAGCUCGCUGCUGAGACGUCAGCCAGACUUGAGGCUCAGACGAGAACUCAUCAACUUCUGGUGCACAACAAGGAGUUACUGGAGCACAUCCAGGCUCUCGUGCUCCAGAUCAGAGAAUUGGAGAUCACUUCUCCAGGAGUUACAGCCGCACCGCCUACCAUCCCGCCCCCUCCAGACACCACCACACCUCCAACUCCAUCCCUGCAGAAUUCGCCGAGACUCCAUCACCAACUCCAGCAGCAGCUACAUCAGUAUCAGCUACAACAACAGCUUCAGCAUCACCAGCUACAACAGCAUCAAAUCGAGCAGCAGCUGCAGCAAAGCCAGCAGCAGCAGCAGCUGGAGCAGCUGCAGCACAGAAGCAGCAACAGCAGCAGUGAGCAGUCAUCCCGUGAGAGCGUGACGGCUUGCAUAGCGACCCUCUUCCCAGCAGGCGACACGCACUCGCCGUCACACAAGCAACAUUCCUCGUCCGUCUUCUUCCCUGGCGAUGCGCAGGCCUACCACCGCCUGCCGCUCGUGCCCGAGAACUCGGCUCUUCCUUCUCUCAUUCCGCCGUCCUGCUUCAACCUAGGCCCCACUGGCAUGCCCAGCUUUGGACCUGCUGGCAUGAAUACAUUGGGCGCUACCGGGAUGCCUACUUUUAGUUCUUCACUGAGCAGCUCCGUGCCUCCUCUGGGUCUCGGGUCCAUCAACCCUGGGCCCAUAACUCGGGCCGCGUCAGAGAGAAUGCCGCGCCAGAAUACACUCGCCCAACUGCAACGGAUGUCGUGGGGCCGACACACCACUAAGUGAUCAGCAGCAAUAGCUGACCUCCACCUGCUACUGAGUCUGCUGUUAUACUCAUGCAAUUCCCACAGAUUAUAAGUCUGAAUAUUAUGUGCACCAGUUAUGAUAUCCCUGGCAAAUUGCAUUUUUGGACAAUAAUUGACUUGAAAUUUUCUUCAUGAGUAGCCAAUGAAAUUCCCAUAGCAUGAUUCAUUUCUUAUGACAAAUCCUUCUUCAGUCCCUGCUAUGUCUGGCUGUGAUGUCUGCUACUCCUGUGAUGUCGCUGCAAGCUACAAAUUAGCGAUGACUAUCAUUUUCCUUUGAUGCUAGAAAUCAUUUGUCCAGCAAAAAUUUGACGAAAAUACUCUUUGAUGUUAUAACUAUCCCCUCCCUUGAAGCAUCCCUGUAUAUGUAUUUUUGACGAGCUAAAGUGUUUCAAAUGAUCAGUAUUGAUAGCACGAGCUUCUGUGGACAAUAUGUGUGGUCGUUCACUUGUGUAAGGCAAGAUACUUUAGCUGGAUAGAGUUAGCUCCUAUAGAUCCGUCCAAUGGCGUGCUCUCUCUCUGCUCAUUAAUUUUGUUUGUGUUUGUCCAUUCGUCUUGACUUGGUUGUGAGCUUGACUUAUGGUUAGUCGUGUCCCUUCAUUAUAAGCUGCGUAUACACUGAGCUUCUCACGCUUGCUUGGUUCAGUAGCCGUCCAAUAUUUUCGUAGUACUCAGUAUAGAAGAAACAAAUAUAUGCUGCUUGCUCCUGCUUUGUAUUAUCGCUCAGGCUUUACCUACUAUCAAAUAAAGAUUAGGUUACAAGCGUCUCUAUAUUUUGCAUAAUAUCAGAGAAGUCAAGUCAUAGAAUAUAUUUCAUGUCUGUGUUAGGUUGCCAUAGUCGGUGUUUGUCAUGGAGUUAGCGUUGAGAAAAGUAAGAUGUGUUUUGUGUUCAUUAAUUUUUUGUUUGUCCUGGGUUUGUGUUUGUGCAAUUUAACUUGAUUUACUUCUGUGAAGAUAACUGUUAAUGUCGCAAACGUGGCUGUACUUUGCCAUAUAACUGUUGAUCAGAUGACAUGGCUUCAUAAGAACUGCUGUGUACGUUGGUACAUAGACCUGUUCUUGAUAUGACUGCUGAUCUUCUUAUUUCGAUGUUAUGUUCUGGUUAUGUGUUGUCGUACUCAGUGCCUCCGUGUCCAGAGGGUCGCGUGGUAGCAAACGUCAUUACGGGUCCGCUGGCACUUAGCGGUUGUCUGUGCUUCUUCCUCCCCUGAGAGGAGACAAGCUCCAGCUCUGAACUGCCGAGCUCCGGCGUGACUCCUGUCGCAUUUCCCUUCAUUUUAAUCCUUCGUAUGCAUUUUUUCUAUUUCACCUCGUUUUAAAUCGAAAGCCCGGGAAAUACUAACGAUCUCAAUAAUUUAUUCAUUUGCUUACUUCUCCUUUGCAAUAUGAUAACUUGAUCUGAUAAACCUCUUUACAAGAAAAUUCAUCGGAUUAUUAAUUUUCUGCGGAUCAAUUGACAUUGAAUCGUCUCAGGCUGCCAUGUUCGUUUCUUAUCCUCAGCAAAUUUCAUAACCCAUCUGGAACUUGCUGGAAAAUUUUUUUUUAUCCAAUCAGACAAUUUUCCCCAGCGAUACAUACAUGGCGCAUAAUACUUACGUGUCUAUUUAUCUCUCAUUGUGAUCUUUUAACCAUCAAUGAAAAGUUAAUCUCUUUAGAUAAUCAACCGUCAUGUGUGACCACUUCGUCUGUUUUUAAGUUGAUAAGGCAGCGAAUAUUUUAUUUGUACUGUGUUACACGUGUCAGUUACGUUGUCUACUGUGUUACACGUGUCAGCCACGUGUUGCGUUGUCUACUGUGUUGCACGUGUCAGCCACGUGUUGCGUUGUCUACUGUGAUGCACGUGUCACACGCAAGUAAAUGUUCUUCACUUAUGUUUCGCACCUGUCAGCCUUGUGUUGCACGUGUAAUAAGAGCCAUGUCUACACCUAUCAACCAUGUGUUGCGCCUGUCACAAUGCACGAUACGAGCACCGCGCAUUGCAGGUCGCAUGUAUUAUAGUGUCCAUAUUACCUUCAGCCUCCUCACCACGUCCAGCUUUAGGCCUGCGUUUGUAUAUAUUAUUUGACAUCAUCCAUGCAAGGCCCUUGGAUGUCCCCCACUAUGAUCCCUCAAUACUGAGCAACGCAGCCCCUCAUCCAUCAUGUCCGUUCAUAUGAGAGACACAAUUGCUUUUUACUAUAUAUUAUUGUGUAAGUGACUUGUGGUCUUGAUGCCUGAAAGUGAUGGUUGGUCGAUUGUUGUGACGUCCAUAGCUUAUAAAAUGACAGUUUAUAAGUUCCCAUCCUAUUUUCAAUGCCCGUAAAUAUAAGAGACAAUUUA